AUGGACCAUGGCACAACCGAUCAACAGCCCUUGCUACGUCGCGGACUGCCCGGUGAAGCUCGUUGUCGACAAGACGCCAGGGAGAGUCUCGAACAAGAUCUUGUCGUUGUUGGAGAGCCCCCAACAGCAGCAGAUCCGACCAUUUCACCUGUCGGCAAUGGACUGGGACGACCGAACGAUGCGGGAAGGCUGGAAAAUGAAAGACUCAUCGACAAUGUCGGGCAGCCUGGAACGAACACGCCGCAUGAGUCAACGGCAAAGGGCGACAAGCAGGCCCGAACGGAGGAGUUCAAUCUGAACGAGAAUGCGACUUGGUACCCAUUCUGGCUCCGAGCUAAUAUUCUUGCCAUUUUCUUGGGUCUUUUCGUCAGCUUCUUGAUCGCCCUCUCAAUCAUGCUGUGGUAUUCGCGGCAUAACCAAGGUCUUUUCACUGCCAAGCUGGGAUAUCACCUUGUGUGGCAUUUCGGCCCAACUGCAGUCCUCACAGUAAUAGCUGGCUUCUGGGCAAGGGUCGAGCUACAGGCUGCAAAAUACAUGCCAUGGAUUGCACUUUGCAGAGGGCAUACGCACAAGACGGCCGACUUCGAUCUCGACUAUGUGUCAAUGAUACCGCCAACUGUGCUCAUUCAGUCUUUUCGUCGAAAGCAUUUUAUCCUGUUCCUCGUCGUCGCAGCAUCCCUUCUCAUCAAGGUCCAAAUCGUUCUCGCACCAGGUUUAUACCGAGUCGUGAACAUUCACACAUCACAGCCAGCCGAUGCCAAACUUUUGGACGCCUUCAAGGAGUCGGAUAUCGGCCCCCAAGAUUCAUUCUGGGACACUGACAGAAGUCCCUUUUACACAGCUCGGGCAAUGAAUGAUUUCAACAUGUCCUACCCAUUCGGCGUCACCAGCGACCUUGCAUACCAAAGAUUCAGCCCCCGUGGCACUCCGAACUCGCCGAUCAACAUCCUGGUCGAUGGACUAUCCGCCAGCAUGCACUGCUUGAAACUGGAAUCGUUUUCGGUCCGAAAUGUUACACUAGGUCGCGGACGGAAGAACUUCCGAGGACACGACGUUGACUUUGCUCUUGACUUUGAGGGUUGCAAAAAUGUCCCAUUUCGCGCCUCUUUGAUCUAUACCCCGUACCCGGAGAAGAUGAAGGAGCACUGGACCGUAAACGGGACCUUCGCGAAUACUCGUCCAUGUGGAAACUUGCCUCAGCGAGACCGACAAUUCAUCUAUUUCGCCAGCACAGUCAUCCAAUCUCCACAAAACUCGACUCGUCCCGAAAUCACAGAUGCCUCCGGCGUCAUUUGCACGUCAACGCUCGAGAUUUCCAGAGUUGCAGUUGUCGAUGAUGGAAUUAGUCCGACUGCCAGCAGAGCAUCAAAUAAGGCCCAGUUGCUUCACAAUACAGAUUUCUUCAAAACACUGGGAGAGUCGGUCGAUCACCAAAACGCAAUGAACUGGGCCUUUCACAUUUGGAGUUCUGGCAAGCGAAACUACGGACCGGUCGACAUCUGGUCGCGACUCGAGGGCAAAGUUCCACAAAAUGGGAGCACAUCGCAGGAGACCACUGAAAUAAUGUACGACUCCGUUAUAGGUCUGACGAACCGCCUGGGUCCAUUGAUCGCCCACUAUCGCCUGCGGAGUGAAGAAGACACCAUAGUCACUGGUGAGCGAUUAGUAGGAGUUGCCAGACUGUUGAUAAACAGCCAAAUUGGGUUUUCGAUGCUGGCGGUCUUCUUCCUUCUGGUUUCGAUCAUUGGAUUCGCGCUGUUUUGGCACCGCAAGGAUUCCAGAAUCUACCACAGGGACCCGGCGACUUUGCUUGGAAAUUUGAUAUUCAUCCGAGAUCAUCCCGAGCUUAUGGGUCAGGCCUUUGCUCAAGGCAACGAGUCCAGCAAAGACUGGACUCGCAAAAGCUUCGUACCAUUUGCCUUGAUCACGGCCAACCGGACGGGCUUUACUGUCAUUGUUCUCGCUUCCGUGCUAUUCCAGGUCGAGUCUGUCCCGGAACACAUCGAUGUAAAACUGGAACAGAAUAGUUGGUUCGGCCAGAAGAAUAUGACAUGGCCCGACAAGGAUAGGGAUUUCGCCAACGAGAGAGGAUAUCUCAAUUCGCUUAGUAGUCUGUUGUUUCGAAGAGAAGAGGGCAAGUUCACGUAUCCAAAAAACACCUUCGACGACUUAGUGUUCCCCGCUAUUGGCGAGGUGCCACCAUCAACUCUCGAUGCCUCCAGAAACAUCUCGGUCGAUAUUACAGUCCCGGCAGCAAGGUUCACUGGCACGUGCAAGAAGUUGCAGGAUAAUGCGUGCAAGAUCAACGUUACAUCUGACCGAACGUCAUAUAAGAACCUGAAAAAAUCAGCAAACAGCUACACAGCUGAGGUGUCUAUACCGAUCACUUGCUUGAAUGGAAGCUCAGCUACGAUAGAAGCCACCCAGAGUGUCGGAAACGGCCUUAGCCCAACCAAUAGCUCAUACUUUGCCGGCGCUUUCGACCUCAAGUUCGAUUACGAUUGUCAACCCAUCGAAUUUUCCAGCAAACGAAGUUCUGUCUCAAUGACAUUUGCACCAUCAUUGCUCCAAACCUACUUCUGGGGGGAACGAGACCACACCAACCAACGUUUCGAUUUCUCUCGGAUAUGGAUAUGCGACUAUUCAUGGGUCAAAGUCAUGGCACAAACGCAUUUGGUGAUGGUGGGCGGUGAACUCCUACUCGACCAGACUCAGCCUCCCCGUUUCGACCCCUCCAACUCCACGCCCUGGGAUCCGCCAAUUUCUUCACUGCAAUUCACCGACACCGGAAUACAAGCAGUGGUCAAUAAGGAUAGGCGCAAGCUUGUUCAGAACCGAACAGCUACGUACUUGCUUGUUGGUAUACUGAGCAUUGUCGCCCUCGUCCACCUUGUCACGCUACUCUCAACGAUCUUACGCCGCCGAUUUGGUUGGCGGAGGGGUUUACUUGAUAUGAACGCGAAGGGACUAGCUCCAGAUGGUUUUGGUAGUAUUAACAUGACCACCGCACUGCUUUCUCCUUCCAAUGCCAUACAACACAUGCCCUCACAAAAGCUUUCGAAGGACGAUAUUUACGAACAGCUUUCAGGCCUUCGAUUCCGGUUGGGUUGGUUUCGGAGGGAGCAUGACCAGACACGACACUUCACGAUUGGCGUCAUGGGUGAUGGCGAGCUCACCUGGGUAGGGAAGAAGACGGACGCGGAAGAGAAGGAUUUAGAAGAUGUAUAUUAUUCAGAUUAG